GGGGAUGGUUCCUUGUCUUCCUGUGUUGACACGUGGAUUUCUUCUUCCGUUAUCUCGGGCGUGGCUCCACUGCUCAGUUUUGGGUCUACCAUUAUCGAUAUUGGUUUGUUGUUGGUUUGGUUUUUAGCUUAGCCUUUCUGUGCGGACCUGAACGGAGCCCGUAAUAUCGUUAGUAGGAAUGUUUGGACUAUUUGUUCUCUCCAGCUGUCCUUCGAUGAAGGUGGACGUGUCAACGUGCGCUCUCGAGAUGCCCCCCCACCUGGGGGGACUGAUUGCCAGCUUCGGCCCGAUGUUGGAGUUCCGGGUCACGUAUACCGGGUCACGGGCGACCGUGACUUUGGUGUAUGGUGACCCGCCUCCACAGAAACGGAAAGGGGGGACUGGAAGAGGAAGAAGAAGGAAGAAACCGGUGCUAGGGAAGGCCCAGGGGGGGACAAAGCUGGCGGCUCAACCGCCAGUGGCGCUCCCUCCUGUGAUACCGCCCCCACCGAGUCCUCCGGAGAGGACGCAACCACUUGUGGAGCCUGCAUCCCCGGAACGGCCGUACACCACCCAGGAAAUCGUGAGAUUCAAACGGACGAGUGUGCCACCACCGACUUCAACCUCCACCCCAAAGACGACGACUCCGGUGCAGCGGUCAACAACGACCGCUCCCGUCGAGUCGCCACAUGGACUUGUUGUUCCGGCGACGAAAAGGAAGGCAACAUCACCGACCACCCAGCCAGCCAAGACCAAGCCGCCGCCGGAAUCCGCUCCCCCUGUUGACGACGAAUGGACCAUUGCCAUCAGUGGACUUCGCCGUCAUCUCCACCAGUACAUACAGGGGGACACGCAGAAACCACAACUACUUCGGGGAGGAUAUUCGAACCACCACUGGAAGACCAUGGAGGACGGCAGCAGUUACGAGCUUCAUUCCAAGAUCUUCAAUGGAACCAAGGGAAUAGUCGUUACGCACCGAAGGGACCAGACCUACAGACAGUGCAUCCUGUUUGCUGAACUCGACAACAGAUCGAUCCACAGGAUGCUACAAGCGGUCUGCGGCCCCGACUAUUCCAAGGUGGUCCAACAUCUACAGCAGAUCAGGGAUAAGCUGCCGUCGCUCCGAGACACUCCAAGCUCCCCGAAGUAGUACAACCUUACCUAGGACAGGUAUCCUCCUUUUUUGGGCUUAGUUGGACUUUAAACUUUUUCGAUCGAGCUUCAAAAUCUUUAUGUUUAUUUUUUUAUAAAUAGUCCAACGCAAUUUACUUUGGCGCC